AUGUCAAAGCAGUGUUUGCCCCAGAAGCGUCUUCUGCCGAGAUAUUGUAGCACACUUACAACAAUAGCGCGUUUCAAGAACGAGGAAAUCUCGACCCCAGACGGAGGAGACGGCUCUCCAUCGUACGAAGAUGAUCACCGGAAGCGGAAGAGAGCAAAAGGACAAAUGGAGGAAUACACCACCAGGAUAGACCAGGUAUGGCAACGAUACGCGAGCGCAUACGACCAACUGAAGACGCUAACCAAAGGCGAGAUGAGUGACUAUAAAGAGUAUUCAGCGAAGGCAAAAGCUCUCAGCGCAGCUGUGGAGUAUACAGCUCUAUUGCAAGGGAAAGAGAAGCCAAAUAAGGAACGAUUCGCGUACAUGUACUGUGGCGAGGACCACAAAGCGAGAUCAUGUACAAAGUAUACUACGUCCCAGGAACAGGCUAACUAUCUACGGGAACACAAUUUGUGCUUCAUUUCUGCACCCCCACAACAGAACACUACGGAGUGCGACAGCAUCAACACCACGGCAGGGAAACCAGUCUCCGUAGCAGGACGAAAGGAAAGAGCGACGGUUAAUCACAGACCAAGCUCUGCGUCAACAACGACUUAUCAGUUGAGCAAUCAGCAUCAGGAACAGGACACUGCGCAUAUCGAACAACAAGACGGCGCAGUAGCUGAACUCCAUUCGAGCAAAACGCCACCCACUGAACGCCGUGUAUGA